GAAAGGUCAUGGCGACAGACUGGAGGAGGCGGGACUUCUCAGGUGGUGGUGACUGGAAAAGAGCAGUGGCAACAAAAGAGUGAGAAAAUACUCAUUAGCCAUUAAGGGUGGGAUCAGACAAUAAAAUACCAGGAUGUGGAUACAGGACGAAGAGGACUAUUCAACUUCAGAGUCUGAUGGAAGCUCGGAAGAUGAGGGAGAGAUACAGUGUGAGGUCCUGGAGAGGCAACGCGAUGAAGCUAAUCAGAAACUGUCUGAAUUGGAGGAAGUGUCCAGUCAGCUGCUGAAGGAAAUGAACAUGUUAGAGAUUCAGUUUCAGAUUGAGCGUUCGUGCAGAGAGUCAGCAGAGGCUCUGGCUGUCAAGGUAACCAGAGAGAACACUGUACUAAAGCGACGGAGCCAGAUGCUGCUGCCACUGAUCCCAGAACUGCCCGAAAAUGUCCUCAAUAUGGCCCCCAAUGAAGACCAGUGUGUGAAUCUGAUAGAAGACAUGUCCGCUGUGACCUUUGACCUCGAGUUGGAGGGGGUCGGAGGCGACGAGUGCGACACAGGAGCACAUGGAACGAUGACACAGGAGGAUGAUGGUCUACUACUGCAGAGCCAGGCCAAAAUCACAGAGCUACAGGCCUCAGUGGAUGGACUUCUGUCUGAAAAACUACAACUGGAAAACCAAGUGGAGCUUUUGACCAAAGAGCAGAUGAUGCUUAAAGAACAGCUGGCGAUGGAGAUGCAGGAAAAAGAAGCAUUAUUGAGAAGAAUGAAUAAACAAAGCAAAACUAUGAAUAAAAUCAAAAGAGUGUCCGAGCUCAUCACGGAGGAGUUCACAGACAUGUCUCAGAGACUGGAGCUGGAGCAGGGCCUCAGGCAACACGCCGAGGUUUGGGCUGUCCAGAUGUUAGAAGCACAGAAAAUAAACCCAGCGUCAAACCAUGAGACCAAUGUGCAGCUCCAAAAAGCUUUAGAACAAUUACCUCAGAUCAGUGAUGCCUUGAGUAACAUACAAUGCUACUACCAGAAUCAGGUUAACCAGGGUUCACAUGAUGCAGAGGAAGUGGCCUUGAAAUGUGAGCUGCAGGAUUUGAAAAAGAAGCUAAGAACCUGCGAUGAUGAGAAGAAAGCCUUGGAAAUUAAACUGUCUGAGGCCAUCAGAAAAGUUAAUAUGCUACAAGAAGAAGUGAUACAGUUAAAAGAUUCUCAGACACUGAUGAUGUCUAGAGAGGACCCAGAGGAACAGAAACCUUCUACUGCUGGAGUCCCUCCUCCUCCUCCUCCUCCUCCUCCACCUCCACCUUUACCUCCACCUGCCGCUCCUAUGGUCGAUGCCCUUCAAAUUCUGAAACAAAGACGUAAAGAAUCAGCAGCUAAAAGUAAUGGAGAGAAGAAGGGGCCAUCCUUUGCCGACAUGAAAUCAAUGGCAGUGAAUGAAAUGAUGGAAAGGAUCAAGAAAGGAGUCGUAUUAAGACCAACUAACCAAGUGCAGGAUGAUGAUGGCACCUGGAAGGACCAAAGAUGUGAAAACCGAAAAUCAGCCAUUGUGGAACUUAAAGGAGUCUUGAACACCUUGAAAUUGAAGCCCCGUUGCAGACAGUCCUCUAGACGAGGUUUGAGCAAAAAUGUGGGAGAAACAGAGCUGCAUUCUGUGCUGCAGAGGAGGAGGAGGGCCAUGGAGGACCCUCCUGAGCCACUGGAAUCGACACAGUCUCAAGGUGCAUCCAGCUCAGUGAAACCUCAGGACGUUUCAUGGUUCAGUGACAGUGGAUCUGCCCCUGUGCUGCGAAGACUCAAACAGAACAGAGACCAACGCGACUCCAGAAUCAGAGCCUCAGCUUUGAUCAUCAACUCGGGAAACACUCCACAAUAGGCUGCAUUCACGUUA